UCUGCGGCAAGUACAGAGUUUUUUAGAUCCAGUGCUGUUCUGGACUGAUGCAGGAAUAAAGACCGCAACCAGUCGUGAAUGUUAAACACAUAGACGCCGACUUAUACGUUUAAAAAUCUUGUGAGUAAAUGGGAUUCAACGUCUUCCGAACAGAAUGUAAAGAAUUCCUUGAAGGAUGUGGGGAAUUAAAGGCUCGUGCGCUGCGCUGUUAUUGUUGUUUUUGGCUUAUAUCUCCGUGUCCUCGGUUAAUGCCGACAGUUUAUCUGCUCCGCUCAAUGUGACCAUCAAAGCACUGGAGGGGAACUCUGCGAUAGUGACAUGGGACAUUCUGGAGGGAGACCCAGUCAUUGGGUUCGCCAUCACCCAGCAGAAAAAGGACGUUCGUAUGCUGCGAUUCAUCCAGGAAGUGAACACCACCACUCGUUCAUGUGCAUUAUGGGACUUGGAGGAAGACACAGAGUACAUUGUCCAUGUGCAGUCCAUUAGCAUGAGUGGCACCAGCCCCCUGAGUGAACCUGUUCUGUUCCGGACACCCAAAGAGUCAGAGAAACUGGCCUCCAAGAGCCCAGAUGAAGUGACCAUGGAGGAGGUUGGCCAGGCUGCCCAGCUCAGAGCUGGAGAGCUCAUUAUCAUCGUGGUGGUUCUCGUCAUGUGGGCAGGUGUGAUAGCUCUGUUCUGCCGCCAGUAUGACAUCAUCAAAGACAACGAGCCCAACAAUAACAAGGACAAAGCCAAGAACUCGUCAGAGUGCAGUACCCCAGAGCACCCUACGGGGGGACUACUGCGCAGCAAGGUCUAAUUACGCCUUCCCCUGUCGGCAAUAAUAGGCUUUAGCCUCAGGACAGUGCUCUGAGACAAAACAAGUAAGCCAUCAAAUCACAAAGUUGUGAAGCCCACCUCUCAUCCUCAAUCAAACGACCUUUUCGUAUUCCCAUUGACCAACAUGAACUCUUUGGUGCUUGUCUGUUUGGCACACUGACACAAACUUGAGGACGAAAUGGACAAGAUGGUUCCAGAACUGGAAGCUUGAGCAGUUUGAAGCCAGUUUUUGAGUUUCGAUCCACAGCUGCCUCAGCUGAAGGACUCAAACACAGUUGUUGUGAGCUGGAAAACCAGAGAAGCAGCGCCACCAGGACUGUCUUCGGCUCCUGUGUAGACUCACAGAGAUAAGGAGAAACCUGCCACCCUGCAUAAACCCCAAAUUAACCAGGAAGGUGGGUUGUGAAAAAGAAGCAAGAGCGUUUUUUUCUGAGCUCAUCGUCAUUAUCAGCUCUGAACCAGGAUCAGGUCUCUGACAGGGAUGACAUUAUGAUACUUCACUAUCUCUCCAUACUCGUCGCUAUCUUGUGAAUUCGGUUCCUUCUUUUUCACCUCGAUUUCUUUACUCCAUUAUCCUCCCUCCAGCAGCCAGUCAUGGACAGUCUAGCUAAUUUGAUGUGGUUUAAUUGGUGCGGUGGGAUCUUUCUUCUCAGCACUCUCGCACUCAGGGCAUUAAGGAAAUCAUCCAUAGGAAAAAUGAUAGACCAUCGGCCACGUCGCAUUCACCAACCUGCGACCCAAUUACAGCGAACUGCACAACAGCCACUGACGAUAAAGAGCUCCAUAUUAUAAUAGAAGACGUAUUUAACCGCUUGUGUGUCUCAAGUAAAUCAACAGCUUAGUGUCUCUAAUGAACACACUACUGUACAGUGAUGGUUAAUUUGGUCCUCAUAUUACAUUUAUGAUUAGCAAAUUGUUCACAACUGUGGCUAUUUACCGCUUUUAUGUGCCACUAUGAUAUAGAGUUGGGUGCCUUUCUUCUACAGGCUUUUAUUUUAGAUUUCUUUCCCUUUAAACAAUUCAGUCUUAAAGUCGACAUGAAAUCAAAGCAGACCCUAUUUACUUUCACACUACACCUUCAAAGACUUACUGGGAGUGAUUCUUCUGAUUUUUCUUCCAGAGAGAAAAAAAAAAGCUUCUUAGUAAUUCUUGAUAUUUUUUCUUACUGGUUCAAUAUUUUUAAAAGUAGGCUAGGAGAUUUCAGAGAGGCUAGCAAUAGCAAGCUAGCUUUGAAAGCAUAAGAUCCCACUCUCCCUGCAAUUCACUUUCCAAAGUCACACCUCCUCCAAAAUACAUGAACACAGACCAGAGCAACUCUCUCUCUCGCUAAGAGCUCCGUUGUGCAGCAUAACAGCAUCAUUCAUUGUAACGGCAGUUUGGGCAAGUGUGCAGAUAUACUCGUGAUGUGUAACAGCUCCGGAAAAAAAGUGAGCAUUCUUUGAUCGCUCUCUGUAGUUAAAUCACAAUUUAAAUAACAGAUUUGUUUCAUGCUACUAAGAGAAACAACGCAAAGUUGAUUGUUUAGUCACUGGCUUGAUUCACUGAUGCAUAAACAGUAUUAAACGAUUUAGAAAGAAAGUCUGUGUGAACUUGAAUGAUUAGCUACACAUCAGAAAUCAAUGUUCACAGAUCAGGCAUUAAUGAACACUGUUACUCACUGUUUGUGCCGGUGCUGUCGAAUCCAUAUCAUAAAAGUCUGUUUGUGACGCCUGUGCUGAAUUAUAUGUAAAUAUUUGGGCGGGCAAAGCAGAGAAAGGGGAAGUAACAAUUCUCGUUGCAACGUCACACCGAGGAAAUUCAAGAUCAGCCCAUUUGAGCUUCCAUUUUCUCAAAGGCAGAGAAAGAUAGAAAAAUCUCGAUUUACACCGAUUCAAAUUUCUAGAAACUUGGGGACCAUAUACAGGCUAGGGGAACUCAUAUUAAUCUUAAAAAACCUCAGAAAGUGAAUUUUUCAUGUCAUAGGACCUUUAAAAAUAAAGGUGCUUCAUGAUGCCAUAGAAAACCUUUUUGUCUAAAUGUUUUUGUCUAAACAUCUGAAUAGCCUUUCUGUUUCACAAAGUUUUUUGUGAUUAACGAAGGUUCAUCAUUAUAAAAAGAUAAGAAAGAGAUGGUUCUUUAAAGAACCAUUAGGGCCUUUCACACUGCUUUAGUUCCAGAACUAAAUGUACAGUACUAAAGUAAGAUUUUGCGCAAACUAUUUCCCAGUACCAUUUAAAGGGUUGCAUUUGCACCGACUGUGUGUACUAGGUCGGUCGACGGUGAUGUCAUUUGUGCGUGACGUUCAACAACGUUAACAAAAAAGAACAACGUUAACAGCAGGAGGAUGGAGGAUGCUGUGAUCGGAGCUGUGUUUUUGAUUCGUCUCGCAGGUUUCACAAUAAUGGACAUGGAAUGUCGACGUAUACGUAAAGAGAUUGAAAGAAUGGAAAGGAGGAUUAAUAAUCUCCAACAACAACAGGCAGUGCUACAUUUGCUACAAUUGCCUGCACUUCAGCGUCCGUACAUUUAUCGCUGUCCAUCAUACUUGCAAAAUAAGUUGACAGUGUUUACAGUAUGUAACGCUGUGCUUUAAAUCAUGGCGGGUGAGGGCGUUUUCGAACACGUUUGGCCAAUCAGUGUCUAUUUACAUCACAGUUAGUACCAGUUGUGCUGGUUAGACCCUGCUCAGGACUAGGAGCUAAUUUGGUUCUUGAAAAAGACAGUCUGAUACUAAAAUCACACCCAGUUCCAGCGGUGCGAAAACGCCCAAAAGUGAGUCAACAAUUAGUUUAGUACUAUGAAAAGGUUCCUGCAGUGUGAAGUCCCUAUUGACUGAUUGGGUCUUCUAUGGCAUCGCUCUGAAGAACUUUUUAAGUACCAUUAUUUUCAGAAGUGCAAAGCACUUCAGUUUACUUGAUUUCAUUCAACGGAUCAUUACUGAAUUAGAUUUUUUCUAAGAUUUGUUCUUCAAAAUCAUUACUCCAUUGGUAACAUUCUGUGAUGUUGUUUUUAUAAUUUCCAGUCAUUUUAUAGUUAAAAUUAUAUACGGGGCCUUUGAAUGUUUGAAUCUGAUUGGCUGACGAACGUUCUGAGGUGUGCGAUAAUUUUCAGGGAAAAGCACGGUGAACGUAGUUCCAGGCAGCUCUCUUGAACGCAUUACAGUUCUGUAUCACUUUGCAAAGUUAACUGUAAUAACGGUCAUGCAGUUUGCACAAAAAGGUGUUGUCAGCACUGCCCUGACGAUUUUAUCAGUUAGCCAUACAGUGUAGCAACUUAAAGAAUACAUCACAUGAAAUUUCUCACUAGCGAGGUAAUAACAGCGCUGUUUAGAGAUGCACAGAGGAAGCCUAAUUCACACAAGCUCUCUCUCUCUCUCUCUCUGUAUGUGUUUCCUCUCACUCUCUUUCUAAUAAUUUCUUUAAUAACUGCAUUAGAAUGUUAUCAACAGCUCAUGCCUCCAUCACCAUCUUUAAAGUUAUAUUUUGGAAGUAGCAAAAGAGGCAUUGGAUGGGAUAUGGAAGCGAUUUAAGUACAAAAACCGGACCAAUCCCUUUAAAUAUAUCGUCUGAUCGAUGUCUUGAGGUGUGGUAACCAUAGUAUAAGCGGAAUAAUUGACUCCGGGCUGUGCAUUAUUUUUCUAAUAAUUCAACGGCCCGGAGUCAAUUAUUCCUUAUAUAAAGGGUUGUGAGCACAUUUCAUGUCAGCUUUAAAUUCCCUCUCAUUAAGAAAUAUAACUUAUAAGAAGUGUUCUUUUUGACAAUUCAAGCAAAAUAUACAACAGGCCAGCAGUUUGACAACAAAAUAGUCUUGACCGUAGUGUACCGUCUGACCGGAGUGUCCUUAUCAGCUAAAGUCCUGACAGGAGUGAAGAAUUGUGAGUAUGCAGGUCAGAGGUCUAGAAAACAUCGAUUCCCUCAGCCAAUGGGCAUUCGGGACGCCACAUGAUCUGAGUUCAGUUCCACAUUGCAGCAGUUUUACUUUAAUAAGGUUAUACACUGUGUGCAUUUCCCAAGGACGCAUGUUAGACUGUUAGUGUCCGAUCUGAAGAACAAAACCUCCCAUUAAUCUCCAAACUAAUGUACACAAUGAGUCGUGGAAUUGAAAUAGAGCAGUCUCAUUUUUCAAAUGCAUAGAAGAGUGUAAAAGUAAAUACUUCUAUAUACAAGUUGGGUGGCCAUUCAUAUUCAAAAGUCCUCAUUGUGGGGAUGGAUUGCACCAUUAAUCAAGCAUGUUUAAAAAAGGUACCUGAAGGAAUCCAAGAACAAUUAAAGAUCUCAGCAUUGGUGACCAUUACCCCGCCGUCUCUAUCACCAUGGCGACAGGCUAACGUGCUGUCCUCUCACUCGGCUGCCAUCGACGAGUCUUUCGCACCUUCGUUUUUCAUUCCUGCCAGAGGAGGAAAGCGUAUAUUUCUUUUUAAUGACUGCUAAUUAACCUUGGCCAUGGGGAAGAGAGCUCAGGCAGACUGCGGAGUGAAAAAUGGCUCAUAUCAAUAUUCAGUCUGAGCAGCUUACGCAGAAGAACAGAAGGCUGGGUGUGAGGACUGGCUUAAACCAGAGAGGACCGGCCACGUGCUUUCUCUUCAGAGACGCAGAAAGGUUUUGGGUCCUGUAUUAACCUGCAGCACUUUCAUUCAGAUUAUUAAUCAUUUCAUGUGACACAAGUGGCAUAACGAACAGAUAUGGGCUUUGUUCGGAGUGGAAUACUGUGUGCUGCCUACUGCUUGCUUUCCAAUUUAUGGAAAAAUGUCUGUUUCAAAUAAUGAAGAAUGAGAUGGUAAAAAUCACAGCUGGUUAAGUCAUCACACUGGGAGUGGAAGAUGAGUUUGCUAAAUGACAUACUACAGAUUUUGGCAAAUCUAAUAAAACCUAUUCAUGUCUGGGUCAUAUUUUAACCCAAUCUCUAAAGAAAGAAAUGAAAUAUAUGUAUAAAUAAAUAAAUAAUUUUAAAAUGCUUACAAGAUUAACAUAAUACCACUCAACAGUUUGGGGUCGUUUUUUUUAUUUGUUAUUAAUUCUUAUAUUCAGCAAGCAUGCAUUAAACUGAUCAAAAGGAAUGUUGCAAAAUAUUUUUAUUUCAAAUAAAUGCUGUUUUUUUUUACUUUCUACUCAUCAGAGAAUCAUAAAAAAAAUGACUUGCACAAAAAUAUUAAGCAGCACAACAUUGAUAAUAAUAAUAAAUGUUUCUUGAGCAGCAAAUCAGCAUUUUAGAAUGAUUUCACAAGGAUUAUGUGAUACUGAAGAAUGGAGUUUUUUGCCAUCUGACACAGGAAUAAAUUGCAUUUGAAUAUAUGUUAUAAUAAAUUUUGUACAGUUUUUACUGUAUUUAUAAUCAAAUAAAUGCAGCCUUGGUAAAUACAAAAGACCCUUAUCAAAAACAUUUUGCCCCAGACUUUUGAAUGAUAGUGUGCAUGAUAAAAAAAAAAAAAAAAAAAAAAAAAAAAAAGGAAGUUAUCAAUACAUCAGGAUGCAUUUAGAAUCAGAAUUUUGAGAGGGGGGGGGGUGGGGGUCUUAAAUGUCAUGAAAAAUAUAUCAAUGGUCCUAAAAUAGUCUUUUCAUUAUGCAAAAAAUAGUGUCUUAUUUCAUAUCUUUUAUGUUCUUUUUCAGUUGAAUUAUGACCUGGACAUUUUCAAUUAGAUGCACCCAUGCAAACUGAAUAUUAAUAUAGUAUUAUGCUAUUCCAAAUACAGCCAUAAUCACAAAAAUCAGCUUACAUUGUUCCCCUGCAUAUGAAACCCAGCAGUCAACACUAAUAGAGUGUCAUGCGAUCAGGAUUGAAAUGAUUUCAGAAUGAGCAAUGUGUUCCCCUCCUGCAAUCCAAAGCUUAUCCCAUUCUUUACUUCCAAAGUCCUUUCAAAGAGAAAUCUCCAAAGAACGAGCGCAAACGUCUGGAUUUAAGAGAGGCAGCUCAUUUGCUACUUACUGAAGAGAAUAAUUCUCCUGUUAGUGACACUCGAGAGAGCUUUCACAGUUGGAAAGAUUUAGGAAAUGGAAUCACAUUUUGUGCUCUCGUGCUUGUGUCAUCAGUUAGGAAAGCUGGACGGGCUUCUGGUGCUCGUCUCAUGACGUAGACUAACACACAAACACAUGGACACAGAUAGCUCAACUAGUUUGAGAAGCUUAAAAGGGAUAGCUUAGAUGAUGCCAUUUACUCACCCUCAUGUCGUUCUAAACCCAUCUGACCCAUAUUUGUUCAAUAUGAAGAAGAAAUUUAGCAGAAUGUCCAAGCUGAUGUUUCCAUUUCAAGUGGAUGGGGACCAAAGACUGUAUGGGAAUCAGCAGCUUGGACAUUCUGCUAAAUGUCUCCAUCUGUGUUCUACAUGAGAAAGUCAUACGUAUACGGUUAAAACGGCAUGAGAGAGUAAAUAACAACAACAUAAUUUUCAUUUUUGGGUGAACUAUCCCUUUAAGAAUCAAAUGUUUUUAACAACCACAUGGUCACGAUGCUUUAAUGACCUUAAUAGGUUUGUCUCAUUGUAGAGUAGAGAGUUUCAAAUUAUCACCAUAACUGUCAGGAUUUACUAGCUGACAGAUAUAAAGCAAGUGUAUGUAUAUAUAUAUAUUUUUUUUUUUUAAAUUAGAUUUGCAAACUCUGAAAAUAGUGGGAGCAAAAGUUGUAGAAAUAUGAAAUGUCUUAAAGGUACUGGUUCACCCCCCAAAAAUGAAACUUUUGUCAUAGUUUCCCCAAAGAUCCAAACUCCAAUGGCUUCCUUUUUCUGCAUAAGACAAAAGAAAAAUAAAUAAAUAAAUACAUUAUAUACAUAUAUAUAUACUGCUUAUCAAAACCAAGGUUGACAUCACUGUAUUCUGUUUAUCUACAGUAGGACAAAUUAUAUAUAAUUUUAUUUCAAAUAAAGGGAAAAUGAAAAGUGAGUUUAAUCCAAGCAGCUCUAAUUUUGCGGUGUUGCCAUUUAAACAUGUUAAUUACAAAAACAAAACGUUUGUUGUACUGUCUCUGGAAAAAUCAACAGUGAUUGAUCAGCCUUUAUUUAUAUACAGUAUUGUAGACCUUAUUACCUAGGCGAAGCUAAAUUUGCUGAAAUAUAGGCUACAGUAAGAGCGCCUGCAUGGUUGUCCAUCAGAUGCCUGUCAAAGUUGAGUUCGUUACUAUAGCAACAGUAAAACUGCCAUGUCGUUAUAACGAGAAAACAAACUUUCGUUAUGUCGAGAUAAAGAGAAAAAUAAGUCGUCAUAACACGAAAACGAACUUCGUUAUGUUGAGAUAACGAGAAAAAUAAGUCGUUAUUACGAGAAAACGACUUUCGUUAUGUCGAGAUAACGAGAAAAUUAAGUCGUUAUAACGAGAAAACAAAAAGGAAAAAAAAUUAUAAUGCAUGGCCGCUUAGAACUUCCGUUAAAAAAAAAAAAAAAAGGUUUUCACAAAAAUAUUACGCAGCACAACUGUUUUCAAUGAUGAUAAGAAACAAUUAUUUCCCUGAUUGGAAAAAAAAAACUGUUCAAACAUAUCUUUUGUGUUUUGCAUAAAAACAAAAGCCAUACUUUUAAUCUUUUGGGUGAACAAUUUCAAAGUUAUAUUUGAAGAAUCACAAGCAUCUUUGAAGACUGAGAAUAAAUAGUCCAUCAUAAAAAGUUCAGUCCCUGUUUAAAAUCAGAACCAAAAAUAGGCCCCAUGUUACUAUUUCUAUCAGCCUGUCAUGAUGAGGAACAGACAGCCUUGAGUGCAGUGAUAGAGUAUGUGUAUGCUUAUGUUAAGCUUCUGUGAAUCGAUGCUUUGGCCUGUGUAUGGACAUGUGUAAUGACAGUCUGUGUGAAAUCAUCCUUUCACUCAGUCCACAGCAUACAGUUACACACCAUAACUUAAAAUAAGGUGUCAGGUUAAGAUUAUGCUACAUAAAGAGUGUAUUUCUUGUACAUAGUUCUGUGUCGUGGCAACUUAGCAUUUCCAGUAAAGCAUCCUGAAUGUCUACUGAAGGCAAAGCAGAGAGAUCAUGCCUUAAAGAACCCAAACGAAUGAGAUGAACUUGGAGUCAGAGCGGUGCAUAACUAACGUGACGAUGACAUGACAUUCGUUCCACAUAUUUACUAUAACGCAUGGAUUUCAAAACAGAAGGAAUGUUUUAUGUAAUCCAUUGAGUCUGUUAACUGUUGUUCUUGAACAAUGCUUCAUGAGGGCUAGCAUGUUUCUGCUAUUCUACACAGAAUAAUACAAUUUAUAUGGGCAUAACAUAGAUAAAUGUCUAAUUAUGUACAACCACAAAAAAUAAAAGAUCAUGUAUUUUCAA